AUGACGCCAAAAACCACUGGCUUCUUUCUUUUCCUGGUAUCGGAGCUCUCUGGGGUUACUGCAGAUCCAUACACGAACCUAGUCCUACACCUGAGGAAAAACCGUGGAGGAAGCGAGAUGGAGGAGGCAGUCGCGCGUCAAUGUGCUAAAUCGGGCAUCUUCUUCGUUUCAGAUGUUCCUACUGGUAGCAGCACUGGGGCGAGUGCGUGGGAUUUGGUGGAGAACGGCCACUUCCCCAAGCGCCGGGUUGCCUCAUUUGUCGAUGAAUGGACCGUCUGGAUGGAUGAGACUGAGGCUCGGGUUUGCUGGCAGGAGUCUCAGUACGCGCUGGCCGGCCACGGCGGCGUUACGCCUGCUGACUGGGCGAGGCCGAGCCUAUGA